AUGGAGUACAGCUACCUGCCGUCUGGGUACGAGUCUGGGAUGGACACCGGCCGAGCUUCUAGCUUCAGCUCCUGCAGUCAGCCCUUCACUUUUCAGUAUAACAGGUGCAGUCUGGGAAACACGAGCAGCUGCCAUUUCCUCACACCUGGUUCUCCCCAACCCUCACACUACAUAACAGUUCAUCGUAAUCUUUUGGCUUACGAGCGAGGUGUCCAGGAGAGACGCAAACAAAGGCGCGUCCGCACCAUCUUCACGAGCGCGCAGCUGAAAGCGCUCGAGCGCGUCUUCUCACAGACUCAGUAUCCAGACAUCUACACACGAGAGGAGCUCGCGCAGGAGAUCCACCUCACCGAAGCCCGAGUCCAGGUCUGGUUCCAGAACAGACGUGCUAAAUUUCGCAAACAGGAGCGUGCAGCUACGUGGACUGGGUCACCUUCCAACGUGAACAGUUCCCCUUCCUACGACAGCUCCAAAACGACGACAGUCCCUGACCCAGACAGCACACAACCCAUGCUUAACCUAAACCCAGACCACAAACAGAACAGCAGAGGCAGUCUCAGAGAGGAUCAGGCUCCAGACGAACUGCCCUUGUUAGGGGUCCCUUCUCUCGAAGCUCAGAGGUCAGGAGGUCACCAAACUCACUGUGCAACUACUUCCUGCAUGUGUUGA